UUGUACUGUACUGCGCAGAAAGACUCCACCAAGACGAGCGCCGAUGGGAGGUGAAUCUUGUCACCGAUUGAAUCAGUUCGAUUCUACCAUUUACGAGUAUAAUAUGUUGGCAAGAGACUGCUCUCGCAAUUGUCGGAACAGACCGACUUCAGCAUACAAGCAGGGAACGAAAACUCGCUGGGAAUUGGAGUAUCACCGAAGAUGAAUCUACGUUCCUCGAAUUUUCAUCGACUCUCAAGUGGCAAAAAAAAACCGUACUAUUGUGCAUAGUCUUUGCUUCAUAAUUUCACGCACACUUCCAACAAGCAGAAGAAUCAGGCGGCGGCCGUACUGGAGGAAUCGGAGCUAUACCCAAUGAAGAUACCGGUGGUGGCUGAGCCUUUCAAAUCCUUUCUCUACCUCUUGCGAUUAUAUCCCGACCGUCAUAUUCGCGAAGGAGUCGACCCUCAGUCUUCGCGGUUCUACAACGUGUCCGUGCGCGCCUUUUCAAUCUCUUCUUCGCGUGGCGCACUUCCCAUCUCGCACAUUCGGAUACGUUACGUUUUUUAAUAUUCUCCAAGAUGCAGGCAUUGAUGAAUGCAUCUUCGAUGAGGAGUUUCUUCGAACACAGAGACGGUUACUCAUUGACGGGAACAACAGUGAUCGCGGACGGAACACCUUUCGAGACAUUGAGCAUCGAUGACAUUCCUGCGGAAGAUCCGAACAUUAUUGCGCCCACGAGCAAAGAUUGCAACAAUCUGCAACGACUACGGAUUAAAAAUACAUCAGGAACAUCACCGGACGAUAUCGUCACGCUGAUAAAUCGAUGUCGUUUCCUUCGGGAAUUGUCCAUUUCUUAUUCCAUGUUGAGCGAUGAUCUUCUAUUCGCGCUCAGCACCGAGGAACAUUGUCACUUGGAAACUGUGAGAAUCGAGGCACAACCCGAUUCUAAACCUUUGCCUCGAAUCACCGACGAAGCUUGGUUCGCUCUUGAGACUCAUUCUCCCCAAAUCAACGUCGUUCUUACAUCAUACCUAUCGGACGAAGAUGAUUGCGAUCCACUGCUAGCUACUUAUGUACCAAUAACUCAUCUCUACUUCGGCGGUGAGAUCCCAGCUCCGGUAGUGCAUCGAAUCGGUGACAAUUGUCCGCGUCUCGUUGAGCUUGUCGUCGGCUCGUACGAGUCGGACGUUAUAGAUGCAGAUUUGAUAUCAGCUGCCAACGGGUGUCCUCGUCUCAGCACCGUUGGUCUAGGACAUUGUGAAAUAACAUGUUCCGGAUUAGUCGACUUUGUUUCACGGUGUCGCGAACGUCUCCGCGUUCUUUACGUCUGGGAAACUUCUCUCAUUGAGGAUUGCGAAUUGGGAAUUGCGGAAACGGCGGCCGAAAUUUCGCGAUUGCUGGGUCGCCCGUGGGUCCCCGAAUAUGUUCCACCAUGGUGAUUCACAAUUUAAUUAAAUGAAUACUAUGGUAAAUAAUCAUUAUUCAACAACCUCUGAAAUAGGAAACAUUGUGAAAGAUUGAUGGGUUCACGCCUUCAAUAUCGCUACCAUUAAAGGAUUUUUUUGUUCUAAUCGACAAGCUCCUGUUGUACCAAAAAUAUAAACUUUAUUAGAUGAUAA